CAUCUUAAAUUCCCAGCAUCGUUAUGUUGCAGGAAGCAUGGAAGAAAACAGAGUGAUGGGUUCUUCUCCAUUUGAACUACAUUUGGUACACUUGGAUCUUAAGGGAGCUCCACCAAAGGUCUCAUACCUUGCAGAGAUCUUCCCUUUGUUUCAUGACCUGGGGGCAAAUGGAAUUCUUCUUGAGUAUGAAGAUAUGUUUCCUUAUAAUGAAGAGCUGAAGCCACUCCAAGCAAAUGAUGCCUACAGCCCCUCUGAGAUUAAAGAGAUUUUAAACCUGGCAAAAUUGCACAAGUUAGAGGCUAUCCCUCUGGUACAGACCUUUGGACACAUGGAGUUUGUCCUGAAGCACAAAGAGUUCCGCCAUCUGCGGGAAGUGGAAAUGUUUCCCAACACUGUGAACCCACAUAAAGAGGAGUCCCUGAGACUGGUCAGCAGAAUGAUAGACCAAGUGUUAGCACUGCAUGAGGAACUUCGAUGGUUUCACAUUGGUUGUGAUGAGGUUUAUUAUCUUGGUGAAGGGGAGGAGUCCAAAAAGUGGCUACAGGAAGAAGAAAAUACCAUUGAAAAGCUGUGUCUGGCCCACUUGAAAGCAGUGGCUGGCCAUGUGGUCUCAGCUCACCCUAAGGUGAAACCCAUUGUAUGGGACGACAUGCUCCGGGGGCUGAGUGAAGCAACGUUGAGAGAUUCUGGGAUAGCACAGCUUGUGGAGCUGAUGAUCUGGGACUAUGCUCCAGAUCUUGAUGUCAGCAGUAAAGCAAUUCUCAUAGAAAAGUACCAGAAGUGUAACUUUCCCAAAUUAUGGUUAGCUAGUGCUUUUAAAGGGGCCACUGGAGUAAACCAGUGCCUAACACUUAUUGGCCAUCACCUUAAAAAUCAGCAACAAUGGUUGAAAGUGGCUGAGAGUACUCCUUCUGGCAUCCUCCAAGGAAUUGCCCUGACUGGAUGGCAAAGGUAUGACCACUUCUCUGUUCUGUGUGAGCUUCUGCCUGUAGGAAUCCCAUCAUUGGCCAUAUGUCUCCGGUCACUAAAGAACGGUGGCUAUUCAGAAAAAGUGAAAGAAGAUGUGGAAAAACUUUUAGGGAUCUCCAGUCUGGAAACAGACACUUUCAUGAGUGACAUCACAGGGACUUUCCCAGGAAGUGAAAUCCUCUCACUUGUGACCCAAAUAGCUUUCUACCUCAAACCCUCAGUGGAUGAACUUCUGGAAAACAACAGAUAUGUCACAGGCUGGUUCAGCCCUUACCACAGAAAGCGAAAGAAGAUCCAUCCUAUAAUGAUUCAUCUCUUUCAGCCAGAUGCGCUAAGGCUUUUGACCAAGUGGAAUACAGUGACCCAGGAGCUUCAAACAGCCAUGAAGAAAGUCUUCUGUAUGUCUGCUGUAGAGGAAUGGAUGGAAGAGAAUAUCCAACCCAGCCUACAGAGACUUCAAGACACAGUUGAUGACCUGAACAGAGCAAUACAAGCAUUAACAUAGCA